AUAUUUGCAGCAAGCUACAAAGCCUAUCAAUGCCAGGGCGAGUGUCCGAAUCCACUGACCAGUCAUUUCAACACCACCAAUCACGCCAUAGUACAGAGUCUAAUCAAUUCGGUGGAUGCAAGUUUAGUGCCGGCGCCGUGUUGUGUUCCAACGGAAAUGGAAUCGUUGGCGAUCCUGUAUAUCGAUGUGGAGGGCAAAAUUGUUAUCAAGAACUAUCCAGACAUGGAAGUACUUAGUUGUGGAUGCCGUUAA